ACUUUGAGAUGAUGUAUGCAUACACUGAACGAGUCGUGUUCUGGGUGCUGACGUUUUGUCUAGGCCACGUCACAGACGGCUAUAACCUACCCAUGGGGAACCUCUAUGUGCUGGCGUUCCCCCGGAUUCCAGAGUUGAGGCCAGACCAGGCAUUCGGUCAGCCCGGUCUCACCUUCAACAUGCACACAAUGUCCAGAACCGAAAUCAAGAUUCGUCUGACGGUCCAACAAUAUAAUCAGCCAAAUUUGCUUGAUGAGGAACUAGCGGCAGCAUUCCUACACCCUGUUACACAUAGUGUGGAUAGCAGAUUUGGCCCACAACACGACAUUGGUGUGACGUCAACGUUUCGACUGGCCAGUGUGGGCUACUUCUCGACCACCGUCUUCCUUAAGCCGGGUGGGCACACAUUUGAGAGUCUACAGGCCUUCCCCGUCACGGGCUGGGGCAAAACUUACUUCGCUUUUACUUUUAUCAAGAGGUCGAGCAUCAACAUCGUGACUGAGCUGGGCCCGAAUGAAAUCUCAAUACAGUUCAAAUUCAUAAACGGGACACUUGUAUAUGAAGACGAGACGCUGACGUCAGGAAGCACGUUAAGGCGCACAUUACAAGCGUAUCAAGGCUUCGUCAUGUCCUGGUGUUCAAGCAGUACCAAGGAAAACGAGCUGACAGGUACGAAGAUCUCUGGUCACCACAACAUAGGGGUGAUCACUGGCAGUUGUGACGACUCCACCCAUAUGAUCAUCUGUGAGCCCGAGGACGAGGGGGCCAGGGAGACGGAUAAACUAGGCACGGCCAACGUCUUGUCUGAAAUGCUGCCACCGCUUGAAGCAUACGGCAAAGAGUUUAUGACCCUGAUGUUGACGGGACGGAGAGUGUACGGCAAGUUUGUGGUCGUAGCGUCAGAGGACAACACGCAAGUCUUGGUCCACACAGGGAAAAACACGCCAGAGAACAGAACUCUACAGGCGGGGGAGAGGUUCUAUCGUGACGCCAAAGAGCCCUACUACAUCCGCAGCACGAAGGCCAUCCUUGUGAUCUACAUCCAGAUGUCGGCGUGUGUCCUCCUAAACAUCGCCCUCACACAGGAUGAAUCAGGGGACCCCGCCAUGUGUGUCCUGGUCCCAAUGCAGCUGUUCUACGACACGUAUGUCUGGAGCGCGCCGACCUUGCCCACAAACAACAACUUUAUCGCCAUCAACAUCAAGUUUGUCUUCGUCACCCACCUCAGGCUGAACGAGAGAGGUUUGAGUCCCGGGAUUGAGUGGUUUGCCGUGCAGGGCUACACAGAGUACCGUGUGGGCAGCACUCUGGUACACGCAGAACACAACGAACUCUACUCCGUCUCUGUCACCUACUUCGCUGUGUACGCCUACGGUAUCGGCACGUCGUUCGCUUACAUGCAUCCACUGCCCUACGUCACCACACACAUCAACACGAAAUGUGACGUCACCACAGUUCAAGUGGGGGACUUUCUGGAUAACGACUGCGAUGAUAAGAUCGACGAGGAAACAAGAGAUAACGAAGAUAACGAUAACGACGGGAGGAUAGAUGAGGACUUAUCUAAACUCAGCAGACAGAACGGGGGAUGGUCACCCUGGGUCUACACAGAAUGUUCUAGAAACUGCAGCGACUACAAGCGGACCGCCUCAAGGAAGUGCGACAAACCAGAAACCCAGAACUUCGGGCUGUACUGUGAGGGCGUGGGAUUCGAGUUGCAGGAGAAAGGUUGUCACGUGACGUUAAAAUGUCCGGGAGAUUGCCCACUAGGAACCUGGGACUUCAACUGUAAAGGCGUGUGCCUCAACUGUCACCCGGACUGUGACAAGUGGAACGGCACGUGCCAACACUGCACACGGGGGCAUAAGCUGGCGGACGGGAAGUGUGAGCAUGUGUGUACAGCCGGCACAUACGGCUUUGCUUGCGGUGGGAACUGUCUAGAGAAGUGUGGGACAGAUUGUGUUGACCGUGUCCACGGCAAGUGUCCAGGCAAGCAUGCAUCAAACUCAUUCUCCUAUUUCUGGUUGGGAGUAUUAUCAUUACCACUCUUGAUAGUGCUUGUACUCUACCUGAGAAUUAGAGAUCGAAAAGAAAUGGAGGCACUGAAGCCUGACGAUACGUCACAAAACAAUUUGUGAAAGAUGUUUUUGUUUGGUGUUUGUGUUUUGUUUAACCACUUGUCAGGAUGAU